CCCUAAUUCACAAACUUGGAAUCUUCUUCUCACUCGAUCAAAGGCUCCUUAAAUGGCAGACUCUAAUGUAAGUGAAGAAUCCACCAUUGAUGCUUCUCAGAAGCAACAUGAAACGGUCGAUGAGAUGCUUGCUAGGCACAGGCAAGAGAUAAAACAACUACAGAACAAGGAGACGGAGCUGAAAAAGGCUGCUGCUAAAGGAAGCAAAGCUGAGCAGAAAGCUAAGAAGAAGCAAGUCGAAGAAGACAUCUCCAAACUCUCCACCAAGCUUAAGGAGAAACAGCUGAAAGAGCUCGCCUCACAAGGUUUCAGCAGCGGUAGCAGCAGCAACAACAUCAUCAAGGAUGAAACGAAUGAGAAGAAAGGAGAUAUCGACACUCUAGUGAGAGCCAUCGCUGGAGUCUCAGUCACCACCGCUCAGCAAGAACACUCAAAGCCGAGCAAGAGCGUGAAGAGACGCGAGAAACGAGCUAAAGAAGAAGCAGACAGAGAGCAGAGAAUCAAAGAAGAGCAAAGCAAUGUGAUAAGUGAUCGUAUGGUCGAGAACCAAAAGCUCGAGAAGAAGCUUAAACCAAUGGGGCUAACCGUCAGCGAGAUAAAACCAGACGGGCAUUGCCUUUACCGAGCAGUAGAGAGCCAGCUUGCCAAUCUCUCAGGCGGUGCAUCUCCUUACACGUAUCAGAAGCUAAGAGAAAUGACUGCUGCAUACAUGAGAGACCACAAAGCCGAUUUCAUCCCUUUUUUCUUAUCAGAAACCGAGUCUGAGUCCGAGGGUGAUGGCUCCAAUGCAGAAGAGCGGUUUGAGAAAUACUGCAGAGAAGUGGAGUCAACAGCUGCUUGGGGAGGUCAGCUGGAGCUAGGAGCGUUGACACAUUGCUUGAGGAAACACAUAAUGGUGUUCUCUGGAUCUUUUCCAGAUGUUGAAAUGGGCAAAGAGUACAAGUCCGGCAAUGACUCGAGCCUCAAGUUGUCGUAUCACAGGCAUGCUUUUGGGCUCGGUGAACAUUAUAACUCACUUGUGGUCGUCAACAACAUCACCGAAUGAUGGAUUGUCUCUCAAGCUCUUAAGACGACUACUUUUGUUUGUAUCAUGAUUUACUGAAAUUUUAUUCUCCCUUAAUGUUUCCUGGCUUUCAAAGAACCUUACAUACCUCUGUAACUUCAAUUUUUUUUUCUUAAGCAUCAUUUAUUCAAAUACAGUUCCCAAGGUUUCAUUACAGAACACGAAUGUAGCAGUUCUAAUGUAUGUAUGACCUUUGGAAAAUUUUGGAGCUACUAAUUCAUUUGG